GUGCAGCGUCCUCUCUGAGUCACUGAAACAAUUUGGCGGGGAGGUUAAGCUACAUUUCAAACACAACAACACACAACUUCUCCCAGCUGCAGCCACUCGUGUUCGUGUCGGAUUUUACCACCGAAAACUCCAGGUUUUGUUUGUUUUUCAUGUUAGUGAAAAGCCAACCUGUCAGGAUGGAUGACUCUCAAUAUAACGGUGAAGUUGUGGAGAUUUGUGAGAAACUGGAAAAGUCUUUGUCCAUGGAAACAGACGACGAUAUGGAAGCCUACCACAGAUUCAUUCAAGAUGGUAAAGAUGUUGCCAGACAAGGGGACAUGAACAAAGCGCUGAAGUUCUUCAAACUGGCGUACAACAUUCACCGGAGUCAAAAACUUGAAAGCCGGAUAAAGAAAAUUGAAGAACUUAUUGCUCAGAAUGACUCGGAGGAUGAAGAUGAAGAGUUUGUCGACGUUAAUGACAGCGGUUUAAUGCUUUUCAAAGAGUUAUAUGACAAGCUUUAUGACUACCAGAGAAAUGGAGUGGCCUUCUUAUACAGUCUCUACAGAGAUGGUCGUAAAGGUGGGAUCUUGGCAGAUGACAUGGGCCUGGGUAAAACCAUCCAGGUGAUAUCAUUCCUCUCUGGCAUGUAUGACAACGAGCUGGCUAAGCACACACUGCUGAUCAUGCCAACUUCACUCAUCACAAACUGGACCAAGGAGUUUGCCAAAUGGACUCCCGGCAUGAGGGUGAAGGAGUUUCACGGUGCCAGCAAAGAGAGGACCAGGAAUUUGGAGAAAAUUCAGAGGAGAAGUGGUGUCAUCAUCACCACGUACACUAUGCUUAUGAAUAACUGGCAGCAAUUGUCAUCAUACAACGGCAAAGAGUUCACAUGGGACUAUGUGAUCCUGGAUGAGGCACACAAGAUAAAAAGCACAUCCACUAAAACAGCCAAAAGUGCCUACGCCAUACCUUCAAAAAACAGAGUUCUUCUCACAGGCACUCCAGUCCAAAACAACCUAAAAGAAAUGUGGGCUCUCUUUGACUUUGCUUGCCAUGGAACUCUCCUUGGUACAGCUAAAACAUUCAAAACAGAGUAUGAGAACCCAAUCACCCGGGCCAGAGAGAAGGACACCACUCCAGGGGAAAAGGCUCUCGGGUCUCGGAUGUCUGAGAAUCUCAUGUCUAUAAUAAAACCCUACUUCCUCCGCAGGACAAAAGCAGAAGUGCAGAAGAAGAAACUGGCGGACACACUUGCAAAAGGGGAAUAUUCAGACAACAAGAACAGCCAAGUCCAAAAUCCUCCAAAAGACACUGGAGCAGUCAUGCCCACACUGACUAGAAAGAACGACCUGAUUGUCUGGACUUACCUGAGCUCCGUUCAGGAAGACAUAUACAGGCAGUUCAUUUCACUCGACCACAUCAAGGAGCUGCUGAUGACAACCAGAUCACCUCUAGCUGAAUUAAACAUAAUGAAAAAGUUAUGCGACCACCCAAGACUGCUCUCUGCUGCAGCCAUAGCCAAGUUAGGCUUAGAGGAAAGUCAGCAGAAUGACAACAUGGAGACAGACACUGGCAACCUCGCUAACAUUCCUGACGACACCUUAAUAUCUGAGUCUGGGAAACUCAUCUUUCUGUUUGCACUCCUUGAAAGGCUCAGAGAAGAAGGCCACCGCACCCUCGUGUUCGCUCACUACAGGAAAGUGCUUGACAUCAUCGAACGCAUCCUGGGCAACAGAGGCUUUAAAGCCAUGAGAUUGGAUGGCACAAUAACUCAGCUUGCAGAGAGAGAGAGGCUCAUCACUCGGUUCCAGACAGACAAAAGUUACUCUGUUUUCCUCUUGACCACCCAGGUUGGAGGAGUUGGUAUCACUUUGACGGCAGCAAGCCGAGUUGUGAUCUACGAUCCUAGCUGGAAUCCAGCAACAGACGCCCAGGCUGUUGACAGGGCGUACCGCAUUGGCCAGAGUGAAAACGUCGUCAUCUACAGGCUGAUCACCUGUGGCACGGUGGAGGAGAAGAUCUACAGACGGCAGGUCUUCAAAGACUCUCUCAUCAGGCAGAAUACCGGGGACAAGAAGAACCCUUUUCGGUACUUUAGCAAGCAGGAGUUGAAGGAGCUCUUCCUUCUAGAGGACACGCGGUCCUCGUCCACUCAGCUGCAACUUCAAGCCCUGCACUCCAGACACCGACGGACCGACGCUGAACUGGACGAGCACAUUGCCCAUCUCCACACUAUGGAGAUGUUUGGGAUCUCUGACCACGAUCUCAUGUUUUCUCUCGAUGUCAACCAUGAUGAGGCCCCGGAGGACCAAGAGGCGCAUCACUACAUUGAAGGGAGGGUCCAGAAAGCCCAGGAGCUGAUGAAGGCUGAGUCGGAGUUACAGGUGCAACUGGCAGAGAGCAUGGCAUCAAGCACAGAACCUGCCUGGCUCAGACAACCAGUGGCCAACCACAAUAGAGAGCUGUCUCAUGAGAAAAAAACAAGAAAUCCAAAACCAAGUCCUUCCUAUCCACAGCAUGACCACAACUUUAAGGGGUCACCGGUUGUGGUGGAGUUGGACCAGUCUGGUUCUGAGAAGGAGGACGACCAACAGAUUCUGAGUGUCCAUGUUAUUGAUCUAACUGCAGAUGAUGGUAUGUCUGAAGAACAACCUGUCAUAGAAGUAAGCCAAGACGAGAUUGCCGAACAGAACCUGUAUUCUCUGAAACACCCGUCUGUCAAGCAGGAGAGGAGUUACAUGGAAGCAGAAGACACCUCCCCACAGGAGGUUAUUGAGGAGUCUUUGGUGAUGUCUGAGGCCGCUGAUGAUUCAUACGUUAAAGCAGUUAAUGAAGAUGAACAACUGCUAAAUGGAACUUCACACUCAAAAUACGAUUCCAAGAUAGCCUUGGGGCUUUCACAUUUCACAUCCCUGCAGAACAAAAGACAUUCUGUCUUGCAAGCAUCCAUUUCAAGCUUCAAAGCCGACACUUCAUCCAGAGUCAGCACAGGGCUUGAAUCUUUUGGAGGCAACUUCAAUUUACAGCUUGAAGACAGUGAUGUGGUCUCAGGCCACGAUGUCUUAGAUCAUCAGGAGACUGAAGCAGAGGAGAGUGAGCUGCUGUCACACCUGCAGAUGGAGGGGAGUUUUGACAUAGAUGAAUCCCUUUCUGAGAGACAACAUAAAGAAGCACUCGGCCAAAGCCUAAACAACGUCCACGCCUCUGACAUGGAUGAGUCAAUUGGUUAUCUUAAUGUGGCUGCCAAGCGCAAAAGAGCAGCAGUGAUUUAUGAUAGUGAAGAAGAUGAGGAUGAUAGGAGUCAACUAAACAACUCCUUCCAGGUUCUUGGCGCCUCCACACCUAAAUCGGUGCCAUCUGGCCCCAACCCUCACCGGUCAAGAAAGAGCGUCGGAGGAAACACAUCAGUUGCCUCACGCCGGUCCCUCCUUCUAUCCAUAGUCGAAGACAUGGAGAACAUCCAGUCCGUCAUCAAAGAUGGGAAGAACGACAAGAAAGAAAUGAAUAGUGAGGAUGAAGAAGAUGAUGAGAGGCAAUCUGAUGAGGAGGACAUCAUUGGUUCAACUCAUGAUGAUGAGGAGACACUAAACACAGAUGGUGAGGAGGAUGUAGAAGGGGAGGAGGAGUACUCUGAGUCAGUAGAAGACGUCGAUGAGUCUGGACAAAAAAUAAGCAGUAACGUGGAGGAGUCAACCAGCGAGCCUGAGCUAGCCUCCGACGAAAGAAUGGAUCAGUGCACCGUUGAUGUAGGAGUCAAAAUUAACGGUACGAAGGGUGUCGUCUUGUCCGAGGAAGAGAGCUUCCACUCACUGGUCAUCAGAGGGAAGGAGUACCAAAGCAAAGGGAAGCCCGACGACGCAUUGGACUGCUUCCUGAGAGCUAUCGACAUCAAACCUGGAGAUCCUGAAGUUCAGCUCAUGACCAUCCAGCUGUACCGGCAGCUGAGUCAGAGAAGAUAACAAAACAAUCUGGGGGGGGGGGGGGGCGGGCACGGGCAUGAUAAAACGAACAGGUUUAACUGUUUAUUCAAAAUAAUAUUUUCUUUUGUAACCUGUACUUGUAUAAACUGUUCAUAUGAGAUUUUGCUAGUAAAAUAGUUUCUAUCUGCAUUUCAUUUGUUGGGAUUCAGUAUGCAGACAGGAACAAGAUUUCUUAAUGGAUAUAUUCAUUAUCAAUUAUAUGCAGAUUUGUUUUAGUCUUAAAUAAUUUAUUUCCAGAAUUAAUUAUGUCUUCAAAUGUCUUGUUUUGUCAAAAACCCAAAGUUAUUCAGAACCAGUGUUUGGCUCAAACUAUCAUUGAUUAUCAAAGUAAUGGCCAAUACAUUUUCUGUCAAUCGAUAAAUGGAUUUAACGCUAACAUUGAUGUUAACAUCAAUGUUAGCGUUAAAUCCAUUUAUCUAUAAAGGUCUUUAUAUUAAGUUUUACAGUUUCUAAAGUCAUGAAGUUGUCUCUUUGAAUAUAUAUGUUAGGGUCCUUGGUAAAGUGAAUUAUCAAGCAACUCUACCAAUUCUUCUCUGGUUGCAGUAAGCUGAAUAUUUUGGGCAUUUGGACAAAACAAGAUAUCUGACAUGCUGUAGAUAUCUUUUGAUGAUUAAUUCAUCAAAAGUUAUAGUAAUCGUUACUUGGAAGCCUAAUCUGAGUGAAAACUAUUCUUAACAGCUGCUUGUUUUAGAAUCACAAUCCACUUGAUUGCCAAGCAGAGUUUACAUGCAUGCUUUGGUGUAUUGGUUCAUAACAUAAACAUAGUAAGAAAACAUUUAAUGAAAGAAAUAUUCAAAUGAAUGUAAAGAAAAUACUAUAAAAAGUAAGUAAAAGAAAACUAAAAAAGGCCAUAGCACAUAAAAUAUAUAUUAUAAACCGGAUGAAAAUAAAAUGUGACAUGAUUAUCAAUUUCCAGUGUCCUUUUUCAAACUCUUAUGAUGUUUGUAGUUGCCUUUUAUUAUUAAAAUGCCAUAU